AUGGCGGGGAGAAUACGGGAGGUAUGGGCGGAGAACGUGGAGCUCGAAAUGGGCUUGCUGCGAGACACAAUCGAGAAGUACCCAUAUGUAGCGAUGGACACCGAGUUCCCCGGCAUCGUUGCGAGGCCGAUAGGGACAUUCAAAGGCUCAUCCGACUACCACUACCAGACACUGCGAUGCAACGUCGAUCUGCUCAAACUUAUCCAGCUCGGCAUCACGCUCUGCGACGAGAACGGCAACCUUCCACCGGACGUCUGCACAUGGCAGUUCAACUUUCGCUUCAGCAUCAACGACGACAUGUGCGCGCCGGACUCGCUGGAUCUGCUCACCAAGGCGGGACUCGACUUUGACCGACACGAGAGGAUGGGCAUUGACGUGGAGCACUUUGGCGAGCUCCUGAUCACAUCCGGACUUGCGCUCUUCGAUGAUGUCAAGUGGGUCUCGUUCCACAGCGGCUACGACUUCGGAUAUCUGCUCAAGGUGGUCACAUGCAGUCCGUUGCCAGCGCAAGAGGCCGACUUCUUCGCUCUGCUUCGCGUCUGGUUCCCAUGCAUCUACGAUAUCAAGUUCCUGAUGCGAAGCUGCAAGACGCUGAAGGGUGGCUUGCAAGACGUGGCAGAUGACCUGCAGGUCAGCCGCAUCGGUCAACAGCACCAAGCAGGAAGCGACAGCCUCCUCACAGCGACGACCUUCUUCAAGAUGCGGCAAAAGUACUUCGAUGGCCAGAUCGACGAUUCCAAGUACCUCGGAUGUCUGUACGGCUUCUCUUCGAGCUCGUCGCAUGCGAACGGCAUGGUGCAUUACAAUCAGGGCCGACCAGGUUCGAUGCAGAGCUUCCACGAUGCGUCCUCGAUCCCACGCUCCGUGUCGGGUGGCUAUGCGGCUGGCGGCUACGGAUCUGGAUUCAGCAGUCCAUUCAAGUCGAGCCUGUCCGCUUCGACCGAGCGCUGA